AGCAGUAGCCUGCAGUGCUGCAUUUAACCACUGCGCCACCUCGGCUCUUAAUUGGCACAUACAUUAAUUGGCACAUACUGUUUUGUAGGUGCAUGGUAUACUUUCACAAUUAACAAUAUUUUUAAUAGUCAUGUUUGCACUUUUGAUAAUGUACUGGUGAUACUUGCCCAAUACUUUCUUCUCCUCCCCCACCUUUUUUUCCUUUGAACUCUGUACCACUCUUUACAACUCUGUAAGAAUUCACAUUGAGAAAAGGCCUUCCAAAGAUCUGGGGAGUCUUUCCUGAAGAGAAGUACACAGGUAUCAUAAAAUUAUCUCUAUGGUUUUUUUUAAUCCCUUUCUUUUCUGUCAGUUUGAGCCUCUAUGGCCAUGCACUUCACAAGUCAAGAUCGUCAAAUGAGACUCAGCAGCCAAAUUCUCUGAAAAACCAAUUAACAACUUCAAAACAAAUUAUAAGGAAUAUGUCAGGGAUUACCUGACAUAUUCCUUAUAAUUAUUAAUUUUGUUGUAUGUAUUUUGUACAAUGACAAUAAAGACUAUACUGUACUAUUACACCCUUUCUAAGCCUAGGUGGAAGAACCUGUCUUCAAGCUCUUCCAUAUUUUACUAUGUCCCCUCUCGUGGAAAAGUAAUCCCAAAAGUAGUUAUGAUGCAAUUGUUCUCCUCACUAUGGUAACUUUGCCAAAGCUAAGGUUAAGUGAAAAGUACCAAGUAAAAUAGGAUUUCAUUUUCCUUUCUCCUUCUCACUGCAAUCUCAUCCUUCUUUUGCAGCCCUAUCAUGAUGCGUCACCCCUUUCCAGCAUUCCUAAUGAUCUCCAUCAUUCUCAUGCGGCCGGGCACCUUUGCUCAAGAGUUUCCCAUUCAGAGUCAACAUCAUCAUGAUCAAUAUUGGUACCAGACAACAGUAGAUCGAAUCCCAGUCAUCAGUGGGGGAACCUGCAAAGUGAUUGCUGUCAAACGCUGCUGCAACCGCAACCAUAUUGAAGAACGGUCCCAAACUAUCCAGUGCUCCUGUCUCCAAGGCAAAGUGGCUGGCACAACCCGUGGCAAACCUUCUUGUGUGGAUACCUCCAUUGUGACGGGAAAGUGGUGGUGUGAUAUGCAGCCCUGCCUGGCUGAAGAGGAGUGCAAAGCAUUACCCGACAACUCAGGCUGGAUGUGUUCAUUAGGAAACCGUGUUAAAACCACCAAGGUAAGGUCUCUCACAACCCUGACAAAAGUCAUGUCUGCACAGGAUGCCACUUCUUUUCCCGCAUCUCAAAUGUGUAUCUAGUUCUUAAGGAUUGUAAAGGUUUUGUCACUUUUUUUUAAAGCCCAUUGUACAAAUAGUAGAGGAGAUUGAAUUUCCAUUUAACAAUUUAUCCUGGCUUGUUUUUCAGAUCCAUCCCAGGAAAUAAAAGUCUGGUAGAAUGGAAAACCCAUUUCUGAAGAAUGCAUGACAUUGUAUUCUGUACUGUAAUUAUCAUCAACUUCAUGAUGAAGGGGAGGACAAAACAUCGUAUUGCUGGAUGCACUGUAACUUUGCCGAAGACAUUGUUGCUCUUAGUUAAGGGAAAUGGAAUCAAAGACCUUUCAUUAACAGAAGGAAGAUUUAGCCCUCUUUUUGGGGGGAAACAGAAGAGCAAGUUGGUUCAAAUGAGUCUGAACUUUCUUGUGAAAGACUGCUGAGAAAUUUCCUAUAAACCGUAACUAUCAUUUUUGUCAAACGGAUAAUUAAAUUCUCCAAAACAGAUGCAAAAAAGCCAGUUUUGUAUUUACAUCUGUAAUAUCAUACAGUGUCUUUCUUUACAAUGAUAUUGAAAUACAAAUUGCCCCACCAUUAGGCGACCUUCAAGUUGGCGAAAGUGGGCGACUAGAUCUGUAAAAUUUUAAUGCUAUCUUAACAGGCUGUUUGAAUUCUGAAUGAGGUCCUUAGCCCACAAAGGCCAAGUAUAUAAAACUGGAACUAAAAUUAUAUUGCCGGAUUAGAGGUGAUUUGGCUUAGAUGGGCAGGGGAGGGAGGGGUAAUGUCAAUUUAGAUCCCAAAAGAGCUUUGGAUUGUUUGGUAUCUAUAACUAUAGCAGUUUCAAUAUCCUGGAUGGCUUUUAGGCAAUUAAGAGACUGAAGCAUCUCUCUGUUUUGCCAAUCUGUCCUAGUUAGUUCUUCUAAAGGUGGAACCGGCACAGCAUUUUACUGGAAUAAAACUUAGUUCUAAGGGAGGCCUACCCAGUCUUUUAAGGGGAGCCAAGGCCACAAACCCUGUUUGGAUCCACCAUCAUUCCGUUUUGUUUUUUUUUAAACCUAAGCAACCAGCAACAACAGUACUACUAAGUGAAGGAAAAGGGUGAGGAUUCAGGGUAGCAGCAUCUCUUAUUCUGGCUCAAUAGCAUAUGGGCAUCUGAAC